AUGGUUCUUGCUGCUCGAUGUGGGCAGGCGGCCGCCCUGCUGCGCCAGCGCUGCAUCGCUGAAACCCGCCCGGCACUCUCUCUACGUGCAUUCUCAUCUCAGUCCGUUCGUUCGGCGACCUCGACUCUACGCCUACAGAAGAUCCCCACGGCUCGGUCUCAGCAGCUCCGUUCUCUCUCCAGCACUUUGAACCGCUUGAAUGCUCAGAAGCCCCCGGCCGCCGAGUCCUACCUCGCUAGCGGUGCCGUGGCGACUGGUAGCAAGCUUGUUGAUGUGAAGAAGGUCCUCGUCAUUGGUAGUGGUGGUCUAAGUAUUGGACAGGCCGGAGAAUUCGACUAUUCUGGUUCUCAAGCUCUCAAGGCCCUGAAGGAAGCUGGCGUCCACUCAAUCUUGAUCAACCCCAACAUCGCGACCAUCCAGACCGACCACAAACUUGCGGACGAAGUCUACUAUCUCCCCGUCACCCCUGAAUAUGUUACCCACGUCAUUGAGCGCGAGCGCCCCGAUGGUAUUCUCCUCACCUUCGGUGGUCAGACUGCCCUAAACUUGGGUGUGCAGAUGAACCGUAUGGGCACCUUUGAACGCUACGGUGUCAAGGUUCUCGGUACCCCUAUCAAGACCCUAGAGACCAGUGAGGACCGUGACCUCUUUGCCCAGGCCUUGAACGAGAUUGAUAUUCCUAUUGCCGAAUCGACCGCCGUCGAGACUGUCGAGGACGCUCUCAAGGCUGCCGAGGAGGUUGGCUACCCCAUCAUUGUCCGAUCUGCUUACGCCCUCGGUGGUCUGGGUUCUGGCUUCGCUUCCAACCCCGAUGAGCUCCGUGACUUGUCCUCCCGCUCUCUGUCUCUCUCUCCCCAGAUCCUGGUUGAGAAGUCCCUCAAGGGCUGGAAGGAGGUUGAGUACGAGGUUGUCCGUGACGCUGAUAACAACUGUAUUACCGUUUGCAACAUGGAGAACUUCGAUCCUCUCGGAAUUCACACCGGUGACAGUAUCGUUGUUGCCCCUAGUCAGACUCUGUCUGAUGAGGAGUAUCAUAUGCUCCGCACUGCUGCUAUCAAGAUUGUCCGUCACUUGGGCGUCGUUGGCGAGUGCAAUGUCCAGUACGCUCUGCAGCCCGAUGGACUCGACUACCGUGUUAUUGAGGUCAAUGCUCGUCUUUCGCGUUCGUCCGCUCUGGCUUCCAAGGCCACCGGCUACCCGCUUGCUUAUACCGCGGCUAAGAUUGGUUUGGGACACACUCUUCCCGAGCUCCCUAACGCCGUUACCAAGACCACUACCGCCAACUUUGAGCCCAGUCUGGACUACGUUGUCACUAAGAUUCCCCGCUGGGAUUUGAGCAAGUUCCAGCACGUCAACCGCGACAUUGGCUCUGCCAUGAAGUCGGUUGGUGAGGUUAUGGCUAUUGGCCGUACCUGGGAGGAGUCCCUGCAGAAGGCUAUCCGUCAGGUUGACCCUCAAUACCUUGGUCUCCAGGGUGAUAAGUUCGAUGACCUUGAUGAGACUCUCCGUAACCCUACUGAUCGCCGCUGGUUGGCCGUUGGCCAGGCUAUGCUCCACGAGAAUUACUCGGUUGAGAAGGUCCACGAGCUGACAAAGAUCGACAAGUGGUUCUUGUACAAGAUCCAGAACAUCGUGGAUUGCAACAACGAACUGAAGGAGAUCGGCAGCCUCUUCGGCCUUAAGCAGGAAAUCCUGAUGAAGGCCAAGAAGCUCGGUUUCUCUGAUAAGCAGAUCUCUCUCCUUGUCGGAGCCACCGAGGAUGAUGUCCGUGCCCGCCGUAAGUCUUUCGGUAUCACCCCUUGGGUUAAGAAGAUCGAUACCCUUGCUGCCGAGUUCCCUGCCGAUACCAACUACCUCUACACCACCUACAACGCUUCUUCCCACGACGUUACCUUCGAUGACCACGGAACUAUCAUUCUGGGUAGCGGUGUGUACCGUAUUGGUAGCUCCGUCGAGUUCGAUUGGUGCGCUGUUAACGCCACUCUCUCCCUCCGCGAGAUGGGCAAGAAGACUGUUAUGAUCAACUACAACCCCGAGACCUACUCUACUGACUUCGAUACCGCUGACAAGCUGUACUUCGAGGAGCUCAGCUACGAGCGUGUCAUGGAUAUUUACGAGCUCGAGUCCGCUAGCGGUGUUGUUGUCUCUGUCGGUGGUCAGCUGCCUCAGAACAUUGCCCUCCGCCUGCAAGAGUCCGGUGGUGCUACUAUUCUGGGCACUAAUCCUCUGGAUAUUGACAAGGCCGAGGAUCGUCACAAGUUCUCUUCGAUUCUCGACAGCAUUGGUGUCGACCAGCCCGCCUGGAAGGAACUGACCUCUGUCGCUGAUGCCGAGGCCUUCGCCGACACUGUUGGUUACCCCGUUCUGGUUCGUCCCAGUUACGUCCUGUCCGGUGCCGCUAUGAACGUCAUCUACGGCGUGGAUGAGCUCAAGGAGAAGCUCCUGAACGCCGCUGCCGUUUCCCCUGAUCACCCCGUUGUCAUCACCAAGUUCAUUGAGGGUGCCGAGGAGAUCGAUGUGGAUGCUGUCGCUUCCAACGGUAAGCUGCUUGUUCACGCUGUCUCUGAGCACGUCGAGCCUGCUGGUGUUCACUCCGGUGAUGCCACCCUUGAGCCCAUCAUGGCCCGCGUCAAGGAGAUCGCCGAGAAGGUCGCCAAGGCCUGGAACAUCACUGGCCCCUUCAACAUGCAGAUCAUCAAGGCCGAUCAGGAGGGUGCCGAGCCCGCUCUCAAGGUUAUUGAGUGCAACCUGCGCGCCUCCCGCUCCUUCCCCUUCGUCAGCAAGGUCCUGGGUACCAACUUCAUCGACGUCGCCACCAAGGCUCUCGUCGGCCGUGAUGUCCCUGAGCCCGUUGAUCUCAUGAAGGUGAAGCGUGACUACCUCGCCACCAAGGUUCCCCAGUUCUCUUGGACCCGUCUGGCUGGUGCUGACCCCUUCCUGGGUGUUGAGAUGUCCUCCACCGGUGAAAUUGCUUGCUUCGGUAAGGAUCUGAUCGAGGCCUACUGGGCUUCCCUCCAGUCCACCAUGAACUUCCGCAUGCCCGAGCCCGGUGAGGGUAUCUUGCUCGGCGGUGAUAUCACUCAGCCCUACCUGACCAACAUUGUCGAGUACCUGAAUCCUCUUGGCUACAAGUUCUUCGCUGUUAACUCCGAGGUCAAGGCUCACAUCGAGUCCACCACCAAGGACAAUGUCUCCGUGCAGCUGAUUGAGUUCCCCAAGAAGGACAAGCGUGCUCUCCGCGAGGUGUUCCAGAAGUACGACAUCCGUGGCUGCUUCAACCUUGCCAAGACCCGUGGCAAGACCCAGCUUGAUGAUGACUAUGUCAUGCGUCGCAACGCUGUCGAUUUCAACGUUCCCCUCUUCAUGGAGGCUAAGACUGCCCAGCUCUUCGCUCAGUGCAUGAGUGAGAAGCUCCCCCGUACCGAGGAAAUUCCUUCCGAGGUCCGCACCUGGUCCAACUUCGUCGGCGGCAAGGCGCUGUAA